CAAAAAUUUGCCGGUCGAUAAUCGGCAGACAUCUUGAAACUUCACACUCUCUUUUCAUCGCUCGUCGCAGCAGCAACAUUUUGAGACGAACGACAUUUUCGACGUCAAAUUCCUUCAUUUUUGGACCGAAUGUCAUAGAGGCUGACGAUCCAGAAAGGUAGUGUGCGAGUUCGAUUCCAGAAAAAGAGAUGUUUUCCUCGAUGAAAACGCUGAUGACCGUCGCCGCCCGGGCGGAGCAGGUCGUGGCCCGUGGUUUUGCGGCAAAAGCUGCAGCUAAGGCGGCUGCUGGUGCCCAAGGAAAAGUGGUGGCCGUAAUCGGUGCCGUCGUCGAUGUCCAGUUCGACGAUAAUUUGCCUCCGAUCCUGAACGCUCUGGAAGUUCAGGGACGUGGCUCCCGGUUGGUGCUGGAAGUUGCGCAACAUCUGGGAGAGAAUACCGUCCGUACUAUCGCCAUGGACGGUACUGAGGGUUUGGUGCGUGGCCAGCGCGUUCUGGACACUGGAUCACCCAUCAGGAUUCCGGUCGGUGCCGAAACCCUGGGCCGUAUCAUCAACGUCAUUGGGGAACCGAUUGACGAACGCGGCCCAAUCGAAACCAACCUGUCCGCCCCGAUCCACGCCGAAGCGCCAGAGUUCAUCGACAUGAGCGUCGAGCAGGAGAUCCUGGUAACUGGCAUCAAGGUGGUAGACUUGCUGGCCCCGUACGCUAAGGGUGGAAAGAUUGGUCUGUUCGGUGGUGCCGGUGUCGGCAAGACCGUACUGAUUAUGGAGCUGAUUAACAACGUUGCCAAGGCCCAUGGUGGUUAUUCAGUGUUUGCUGGCGUCGGUGAGCGCACCCGCGAGGGUAACGAUUUGUACAACGAAAUGAUUGAGGGUGGUGUCAUCUCGCUGAAGGAUAAGACCUCUAAGGUCGCCCUGGUGUACGGCCAGAUGAACGAACCCCCCGGCGCCCGUGCUCGUGUCGCCCUGACCGGUCUAACCGUUGCUGAGUACUUCCGCGAUCAAGAAGGACAGGAUGUGCUGCUCUUCAUUGACAACAUUUUCCGUUUCACCCAGGCCGGUUCUGAGGUAUCUGCCCUGCUGGGUCGUAUCCCGUCCGCUGUCGGUUAUCAGCCAACACUGGCCACCGAUAUGGGUAGCAUGCAGGAGCGUAUCACCACCACCAAGAAGGGUUCCAUCACUUCGGUGCAGGCCAUCUACGUGCCAGCUGACGAUUUGACUGAUCCUGCUCCGGCCACCACCUUCGCUCACUUGGACGCCACCACUGUGUUGUCGCGUGCCAUCGCCGAGCUGGGUAUCUACCCUGCGGUGGAUCCCCUCGAUUCCACCUCCCGUAUCAUGGACCCCAACAUCAUUGGUGCCGAGCACUACAACAUCGCCCGUGGUGUCCAGAAGAUCCUGCAGGACUACAAGUCCCUCCAGGAUAUCAUUGCUAUCCUGGGUAUGGAUGAAUUGUCUGAAGAAGACAAGCUCACCGUCGCCCGUGCCCGAAAAAUCCAGCGUUUCCUGUCGCAGCCCUUCCAGGUUGCUGAAGUCUUCACCGGUCACGCCGGCAAGCUGGUCCCUCUAGAGGAAACCAUCAAGGGAUUCACCAAAAUCUUGAACGGUGAGUUGGAUCACCUGCCCGAGGUCGCCUUCUACAUGGUUGGCCCAAUUGAGGAAGUGGUCGAGAAAGCCGAACGUCUGGCCAAGGAAGCCGCCUAAGCCACUCUCCGGUGAGUAGUAGAUCAAAGACACAGUAAUUAGUCAACAGUAGUGAGGAAAGCAAUGUGUCCGAAUGGGACUCGGAAGAAGAUCCCGAAGUCCUCCCACUGGGGUCUUCUUUAAGUUUCAUUCGAAAUGAAUCAUAAGCGAAUCUUAUUAAAAGUAAGUACCCCAGCCCAAAUUCUCGCGCUUUAUAAAGGGGAACGUUCCAGCAGGUUGAGUAACGGUUCGAAAUAUAGGUUUUCAAGUGUUAUCGUGAACAAAA